UGGCAAGUCGGGGUCCGUAGCCAUUUUUUGGCUGAAGGAACGCCCUUUGCCCUCACACUCGAUCUGACUUCGCCUCCCCUUUCUUCUCGUUCCAAUGCCUCUGGACGCGCGCAUGGUGCGGGACGUCCGGGAGUGGGCUCUUGCGGAGGCGAGCCCCACCGAAGUGACGCUCUGCCUACACAACAUGCGCUGCGACACCGAAUCGCUCACCACCACCGCGCUCAAGCACCUCGUGGACUCCACGGACGUCUGCGGGGAGUACGACUUCCUGCACGUGCCGAUGGAUUUUGUGUCGAAGAAGUGCUUGGGAUAUUCGUUCAUCAACUUCACGAGCCCCGAUGCCGCCCAGAGGUUCACGCGCGUCGUCGCCGAGGGCAUGCUCUCCCAGUUUGCCGCCGCCGGCCCAAAGGUGAUGCGCGCGAUCCCCUCCAAGAAGCAGGGGCUGGCGGAGUGCCUCAUCUCCUGGUUCCGCGGCCACUCGCGCAGCGUGCGGAGCGCGGAGGUGUUCCCAUUCGUGCGAUCGCUCAGCCCGACGGUGCAGAUCAACCCCUACCUCGAGAUGUCGCUGCAGUUGAGAAGGCCGCGCAGCGGGGACAUCCCAAUGCCAGCUUUCGCCCGCUGCCACGGCGCCGAGGCCGGCUUCCAGCAGUGGAAGGAGGACGCGGACCUCUCUUACGAAGUCCAUUGGUGUGCCUUCGCGGUGCCCACUUGCAAGUCGAUGCAGUACAUCUCUCUCUGAUGCACCACGUCUUUGGCGUACCUUCUUGCCAACGCAGGACCCUUCAGUGUCCACAGCCCGACAAUGAGGAGGAGGAGGCAAAUCUCCUGGCUGCGCGUGACGUCGGCCACCCUGAUACUUGACUCCUUUGCCCUGUAGCCGUCCACUACUGGGGGUGGGAG